AAGCUAUACACAGUCUCUCUGCCCUCAUUCAGUGCCUGGCUCUACACUCAACACGCGCUGUUCCUCGCCUCCUCGCUGCAUCUGUCCUCUACUCCCUGAACUGAGGUACCAUGCAUCCUCCAUUCUCCUCCUCCUCCUCCUCCUUUCUGCUUGUCUGUUACCAUUCCAGGGUCCCUUUAUCAAACAGAGCCUUCUUGCUGCAAAGUCAAGGACCAUAAAAGGAGGACUUUAGAGACGGGACAAAACUGUUUGCCAGGUCUGAAGACAGCUGCUGGAAGCGUUGCCACUGCUUCUGUUGGGAUGCAGAUCUUUGUGGAACCUCUGCUUGCUGUUUAACACCGCUUGAUUCCUGGAAAAGUUGCAGGAGGGCAUACAUGUCCAGAAUUUAAUUUCGCCUCAUCCUCGCUUCUCAAAGAGCACUGACAACUCACUGUGCAUAAGAGGUGCAGUCAGACCUGCUCAGGAACCCUGUCUCGACUCCUCACACACUGACCAGAACUGUCCUGCUGCUAUGUGCAAUCUUUAUAUAACACCGGCUUGAGAUUCUUCUCUCAAAACAAGCUGAACAAUCUUAUGCUCUCAUCAUUCCUACUUGUGAUUUCCAUGUGAGAUUCAGCAGCACCGAGCAGAACUGGCCUGGAUCACUGACUUUCAACUUCACAUAAAAACAAGGACAAAAUCUGGGUUCCAGGUGCAGGAAAAACAGACUGUUCAGUACCAUAAGGACACACACACACACACACACACACAAAAAGCCUUGUCUUGGAGCAGCUCAAGUGGCCUCUGCCAUCAGCCAUGCAGGUGUCCUUUGCAUGUACAGACCACGGGCUGAAGGUCCCGCGUAACGGUGAACACAGCAAGCAGAACGCCACCAGCCUGAACACAACCAGCCAGGCCCGCACUCGCUUCCGCACCGUGGCCCUGAUAGCUCGCAGCCUGGGUUCCUUGACCCACCGCUACCACCACAACCUCAAGGAGUCCACCGCUAAGCUCACUGGCAUGAAGUACCGGAACCUGGGGAAAUCUGGGUUACGUGUCUCCUGUCUGGGGCUCGGCACAUGGGUUACAUUUGGAGGUCAGAUCUCUGAUGAGGUGGCAGAGCAGCUGAUGACUAUUGCCUAUGAGGGUGGGGUCAAUCUGUUUGACACAGCAGAGGUCUACUCCGGGGGAAAAGCAGAGAUAAUCCUGGGAAAUAUCAUCAAGAAAAAGUGCUGGAGGAGAUCCAGCCUGGUGAUCACCACAAAGCUUUACUGGGGAGGAAAAGCAGAGACAGAAAGAGGCCUCAACCGAAAACACAUCAUCGAAGGUUUAAAGGGCUCCCUCCAGAGGAUGCAACUUGAAUAUGUGGAUGUGGUUUUUGCCAACCGGCCAGACAGCAACACUCCCAUGGAGGAGAUAGUGAGAGCAAUGACACAUGUCAUCAACCAGGGGAUGGCCAUGUACUGGGGGACAUCGCGGUGGUCUGCUAUGGAGAUUAUGGAAGCAUACUCUGUGGCCAGGCAGUUUAAUCUAAUUCCACCAGUGUGUGAGCAGGCAGAAUAUCAUUUCUUCCAGAGAGAGAAGGUGGAAACUCAGCUGCCAGAGCUCUAUCAUAAGAUAGGUGUGGGUGUGGUCUCUUGGUCUCCUUUGGCCUGUGGAAUCAUCACUGGAAAGUAUGAGAAUGGCAUCCCAGAAUCUUCCAGGGCCUCACUGAAGCCAUACCAGUGGUUAAGGGAAAAAGUAAUGAGUGAGGAUGGGAGAAAACAACAAGCCAAGCUGAAGGAACUGACCCAUAUUGCAGAGAAACUUGGAUGUACUUUGCCACAGCUUGCCAUAGCCUGGUGCCUGAGAAAUGAGGGUGUGAGUUCAGUGCUGUUGGGAUCCUCCAAUCCAAGUCAGCUAACAGAGAAUCUUGGAGCCAUUCAGGUCAUUCCAAAGAUGACAGCGGGCAUUGCCUCAGAGGUUGAUCAUAUACUGGGAAACCGUCCUCACAGUAAAAGGGACUAUCACCAUUAGUAUGGAACUCCAUUUAGUGAACUAUGCUCCAAAAGCUUAUUAAAGCUCACUUUUCAGCCAUGGCACCACAAAUGUGUGCCCAACUUUGCUUGUGUGUAUGUACAACUUUGUGUAAAGUGUUCUGCUUGGCUCCUUGUCUUCAUGAAGAUCAAACAAUACUGCAAAGUGUGGUGCUUCAGAAAGCAUGCAUGCUACAGCCAUAGCCCGCCAGUGGAAUCAGUCUGAACAACAGUUCAAGGAUCCACAGUAAAAUAAUAUAAUUUCUAUAGUGAAAGCCUCAAACAAACUGUGCAAAAGCUACACAAAUUCAAAGCAAAAAAGGCAUUAUUAUUACUAAAUGCUGCACAAAUUACAUGUGAAUAUGUGUGCUGAUGCAACAGGUAAAGAACAUUUUAGCACUUAUUGCUCCAGAAAGUGCAGUAAGUGCACAUCAGAAAGAUGAGCUAUAUCAAAGUGUACCCAAUUGUCCAUUAACUCUACCUUACUGGAUGUUUAUGGUGUGAAGAAAACAGUUAGUAAUGAUGUGUUUAAUUGGUCCUGGUUUCAGCAGAUUGAAUGAAAUGCUAACACUCCCCACUGCACUUGCAGCUGAUGUGUCAGUGUGAUGAAUUGUUUCAGAACUGGAUUAAGUGAAAUUCUCACAAUGUUGCUUAUACUGUACCAAGAGAGCUAGGUUAAACAAAAAUAUGUUUUAAUACAUUUGUACUGUUAGAGUAUAUAUUUUCCAUAUUAAGCAGCUAUGAUGGGAUUAGUUUCUCAUUUCUCUGUGUUUUAUAUGAUUUUUUUUUUUUACUUAUGCAAAUACUAUACAGCAUAAUGUACUUUCCUGCAGUGCCCCUUCAUUCUCUUUUAAAUGGACUCUGCCAGACUUUCUGUCAGUGAUGUUAAUGUCUGGUUCAUUUCACAAAUGAAUCAGUGUGUGUCUUGUGGUGACUAAAGCAUCCGUCUAGCUGAAGUUGAGGAGACAAUCCUCCUAAGGGGGGCUUGUGGAUUUAACACAGAAGACCAUGUACUGUAGCUAACAAAGAGACUCAGUGGAAAAAAUAAAACCAUAUGGGCCCCUGCAGUCACUGCACAUGGAACAUAGUGAAUUGUUACCCAACUUCUUCCAGAUGCCAGUUUAACAUUAUGAUUAUCUUUAUGUUCUGCCUGUUCAGUGAUGUAUGUGGUGUCCACAGAUUUGUACAUACAAAUAAAUACUUUAU